GCUUGAAACACUUGUGAUUGCAUCUGUCAAGUCGCUUUUCAUCGAAUCCGCAUUACAUCUUGUAAAUCUUUAUUAAUUCCUCGAUAAAAAAUAAAUGACGCAGUUUAUCAUGUGCUGAGUGAUUACAUGUAAAUUAAGGUGUAGUGGAAAAUUAUGGGAUCAGUUUGGAAAAGGUUACAGAGAGUGAAUAAGAAAGCUGCUAAGUUUCAAUUCACCGUCUCAUAUCAUCAGUUAUCCUUGGAGUUUACCCCCAAAUGGGAACCACAUAAAUUAUCUUUAGUAUGGGCUAGAAGGUCUAGAAGGGUUGUUUCUCAACCCAUGAAAUGGGAACCUACUUUAGAAACACCUUACAAAGCUCUCGUCGUUUGGUCUUUACCUGAAAAUAAACAGGUUGAUGUUACAUUAUUUAGAGAUCCUAGAACGAGAGUUUUAGAAGAUAAAGAUUGGAGUUUUAUUAUUGAAGAUGUUUCUCCAACUGGAAAAAGACGACCCCUCGCAGUGUCCCAUCUUAAUAUGGGUACCUAUGCUAGUGGUGACGCAAAACAACACAAACUACAAUUACCGUUUAAACCGAUGACAAAGAAAAUUGUUUCGGCUAAAUUAGAUUGUACGUUAUCGUGCGUGCUAUUAAAAGAAGGAAAAGCGACGGAUGAAGAUAUGCAAUCUAUAGCAUCCCUUAUGUCGGAAGGUUACGGUGAUAAUACAGAUAUUGCUCCUUUAGACGAUGUUGAUGAAGAUUACUCACAAAGUGAUUCAAUGAGUUCAAUGAAAAAUACUUUAAACGAAGUUACUCAGCAUCUUCAAAAGAUGACUGAUAGUUUAUCUGGGUCGGAUAUGGCUAGUACGCCUAUAAGUAUAAGUAGUAUUCAAUCAUUUCCGAAAGAUGAUAAGACUCCAACAGCCGAAGUGAUUUCUCCAAUUGCCGAACAACCAAUAAUUUUACCGUCCUGUAGUGUUCCCCCACCAAAACGAAGCGACUUCCAUGAACCGGAAACCGACAUUUAUUCGGAGAUGUGUUCCGAAAAAUUAGAUAACCUUGACAAGUUACAAGAAGAGACUGAUCAUAGUUUUAUUGCUCCGACGAGGCCAAAGAGUAUGAACUUGAAUUUAAAACCAUUAGAUUUGAAAAAUAACGAAAUUAAAACUCAAAAAUUAACUACACCCGGACAAGAUUUAUUGGAAUGGUGUAAAGAUAUGACUAAGGAUUAUGCUGGAGUUAAAGUUACGAAUUUAACAACUAGUUGGAGAAAUGGAAUGGCUUUCUGCGCUUUGAUACAUCAUUUUAAACCAGAUCUUAUUGAUUUUGGCUCCCUUUCACCGCACGAUGUGAAAGGAAAUUGUCGAAAAGCUUUUGAUGCUGCAGCUAAAUUGGGAAUACCCAGAGUAAUUGAGCCGACUGAUAUGGAUAUGUUAGCAGUUCCAGAUAAAUUGGCCGUCAUGACAUAUUUAUAUCAAUUGAGAGCUCAUUUCACAGGUCAUCAAUUGGAGAUAAAACAAAUUGGAAAAACUGCUGAUGAAAGCAAUUACGUUAUAGGCAAAUUUAGUACUGAUAUGGAUUCCGCCACUAUGCAUUUAUUUGGAAAAGAAAUAUUAAAUUUAAGAAAAACAAAAAAUCAAAAUAAAAGUGGUGAACAAGAAAAAGAAAUAAACAACAAAGAAAAUAACAUUAACCACGAACCAAAUACGCCAAAAUUAAGAUUACCACUUGUUACUAAUAAUAAUGAACCACUAGAAUUUCCUAAAGAAAAGGAGAAAUCUCCGACAAUGGUUAAAGAUGUUAAAGAUAUUAUAUUAAAUAGUUCAAAGAAUAUUAUUGGGAAAGUUUUAUCCCCGAAAAUUACUCAAAACGAAAAAAAGCCAGAACCGAAACCUGAAAAACCGUUUUUGAUGACGCGUGGUGAAUGGUACGAUCCGUUCGAUUCGGUCGCUGAAGAUAUUAUUAGCGAAGAAGAUAUUAUUAGUACCUCAGUUACUCCCAUAGAUAAUAACAAAUCGUUAAAUACUAAAGUCCCAGAAAUGAAUGGUGCAGAUAGUACAGAUGAUAAUAAUAAAAAAGUCCAACAAGUGGAGAGUAAGAAAAACGACAUCAACAAAAACGAUUUACCCAAACCGAAUCAGCAAAUUAUAAAUAGGCAUAAUGAGCAACGGGAAAGGGCCCAACAGCUUUUGGAGCAAGUCGGGAAACGGGACAGUUCUACUACUACGUCACCUACAAGGCAACAAACUGAAGAAGAAAGACAAGCUCAAUUACUUGAAAGAGCUCGUAAAUUAAUAGCGGAAGCUCGAAAGAGUUCUACCCCAACAACAGAAAUAAUAUCAAUAAAUAUGGAUACAGAAGACAAAUUGAAAAAAUUAACUGAAGAUUUAUCCCUAUUAGAAAAAGAGGUGUGCGAUAUGAGACAAAACGGAACAACACCUCCAAAAUCACCUAGUCCACAAAAUUCUGACGAUAUCUCCGAUAGUUCUAGUCUAAACAGAGAAAAAGUUACCCCAGAUAAGUUACCAGAUGAUUUGGGUUUCGCUCAAAUGGGUAUUGAUGUUCAUAAUUACAUUGAACAAGAAUUAGAAGAUUUAGAACGUGAACAAAGUGCCAUUGAUGAUCAAGCGGCGAAGUUGGAGAAAGAACUUCGAGCUGUGAUGGAGUCACCAGAUAGCAACGUCGAAGAGGAUUUGAUGGCUCAAUGGUUUACACUUGUUAAUAAAAAGAACGCUUUACUUAGGCGGCAAAUGCAAUUAAAUAUCUUAGAACAAGAAGGUGAUUUAGAAAGGCGAUAUAAAAUGUUAAACAAAGAACUCCAAUUGAGUUUAGCCAUUGAAGAUUGGCGAAAAACGGAUGAACAACGUGCUAGGGAAACGCAUCUUCUUGAAGAAUUGGUACAAAUUGUGAAUAAAAGGGAUGAAUUGGUACAGCAUUUAGACAAUCAGGAGAAGGCGAUUGAAGAGGAUGAUAGAAUAGAAAAAGAUCUAUCCCACAUUGACCUUCAGCCAAAAGAAAAGUGUGUCAUACAGUAAAGUUCAACAAAUUAUACAUAUAAUUUCAUCUCCUUUAACAAAAAAAAAGACGUAGCUUUAAUUUAUUAUACUCGUAGCUUAAGUGGCUCUUUUAUUUUUUUAAUAAUUUAUUUUAACUGGUUUGUUCUUCGCCAUUUUUAGUCAUCAAUUAAUGUUAAUGAAAUUAGUAAAACUAAGCAAAAACAAGGGUUAACUUCCAUAAUUUACUGUGACUAAUCUCAGCAGUUUAGUACCUGUAAAGAGAAAUUGUAUAUUGUAGUUGUUUAAGGGUUACACUUUUUGGGGUUUUGGUGUAGAAAGCUUCUUCAUACUCCACUAAUCUGAAAUGAAGAGGAAAUAUCUAGUUGAUCGUCAACUGUGGGGCAUUUAAUUAUUUUCAUUUUGACGCUUUUAUUACAAAUUAAUUAUUUAUUUUGUUUCUUUGUUUUUUUUUUUUGGGUUACUGGAGUAUAUUUCUUUUAAGAUUUUCUCGAAUACGCGAAUAGUUUUGUACUUAUUGUUUUUAGAAAAAAAGCGUUCCCGUUGCUGUUAUUUAUCCUGAUUUCCUUCUCCAAUAACUCCCCAUGUUGUAAUUUUCAUUUUCGGGUAUGUAUCUUUUCAGUUUUAAAAAUAUUUUUGAUACUAAAAAUAUAUCUAUGUAGUAGAUAUUUUGGUGCAAUAUGUUGGAAAUAUAUUUAAAAUAAUAGUCAGUAUGCUUCGAAACAAAAAUAAACAUAAAAGUGAAAAAAAGCAAGAGAACAGAAAAAAGUUGUUGCCUGAAAUAAUUUUUUAUAGGUAACUUUAUUUUUUAUUGCUUAACUGUGAUUUAUUGCUAUAGUAGUGGCAAACUAAAACGAAUAUAGAUUUUUGCGUUCUCCAACAAAUAUUUGGUUGUAUGUAUAUGAAACGCUGGUUGAUUAUAGUAAUAAUAACUCCUCUAAGUAGUAGAACAGAUAUUUUUUUACUGUAACAUAUUAGCACUUUGAUUAAGUUGUACUUGUAUAUUUGUUUGUUUUAAUUUAUAAAGGAUCGUAUGUGAUGGGUGUGUAGAAGCAGAAUUUUUUCGUGGAGCAUAUUGUAGGUUGAAAGUUGCAAAAAGUUGCAUAAUAUUUAUUGGUUGUAAACUAUUUCAGUGUAUAAUUUUUAAUUAUUGUACUAGGAUGUAGCAAAAAACUAUUUAUGUAUUGUAAAUAAUCCGUGUAAUUGAUUAAUGAUGCUAAUAAUAAUAAUUAAAAAAAUGAAUCACGUCCAA